AACUAUUAAAAAAAUAAAAAUAAAAUUCACAAGAAAAAAAAAAGUAAAUCACUAUCAAAGAGCAAAGAAAAAAAAAUAGCAAAACAAGAAGAAGAAGAAAGAACGAAAAAUGAACAAAUUUAAACUUGCAACUAUCAUGUCCAAUAAUUACAUUAUUGUUUCUAAAAUAAUUUUGGUCCCUUCUACUCUUUGCUUCUCUAGAGGUUUUGUUAGUCCCAAUAGACCUUCUCAAAUUGCAAAAGUUGAUAAAGAAACAGCCCAAAAAAUAAAAGAAGCAGCAGUAGCAGUGAAGGAAGGUGCUCAAGAAGUAAAAAGUGUGGGUGAUUCUCUCAAAGAGACUGUUUCUUCUAGUGCUGGAAAUGUAAUUUCAGAGAUGUCAAAGAAAGUAUUAGACAAGGCAACAGAAAAUGAAGAAGAAAAGGGUACAUGGGAAACUAUCAAGGAAAAAGUCACUACCAAGUGACUAUUAUAUAUGCCAAAAAUAAUAAGUAUUUUAACUAUCAAUUUUAGUUGAAUUGUAGUUUGAAUUCGAGACUUUAGAUUAAACUUAGAGCUAUUUGGUUCAUCUCAUUAUAAUUUUUGAUACAAUUUUACCAUUUUAAUCGCAGUCAGACUAUCGCUAUCGCA